AUUUAGAUUAAGUUUUCUAAGUGCAUUUGUUGCGAGCAGCAGAUCGAUCAUUUAGUCUUUUUUCUUUUAUAUCAGUAUAAACACUAUAGUAAAGUAAUAUGGCAGACGAAGAAGAUCCAUGGGGUUUCGACGAUGGCGGCGAGGAAGAGAAGGCGGCUUCAUCGAAUCAGGCAUCGAACGCGGGAACUCCGGCCCCACCCUCCAAAGCACCGAGUGUGGCAUCCGAUCACAAGGCUGACAGCGUAGUGGCAGGCACUCCGGCUGGGGAGGAGGCUGCUCCUGAAGAAAUCGAAGAAAUCAAAGCGCCACCACCUCCGCCAGAAGACGAUGGCUAUAGGAAACCAGUGCAACUGUACCGACACUGGGUCAGGCCGAAAUUUCUCCAAUACAAAUAUAUGUACAACUACAGAACCAAUUAUUAUGAUGAUGUAAUUGAUUAUAUUGAGAAAAAACAAACUGGAGUGGCAAGAGAGAUACCCAGACCUCAGACGUGGGCAGAACGUGUCCUGCGCACACGAAAUAUCAGUGGCAGUGACAUUGAUUCCUAUGCACCAGCAAAGAGGGAUAAACAAUUAAUUCAAACACUGGCGGCCUCGAUAAGAACUUAUAAUUACCACACCAAGGCAUACAUUAACCAAAGGUAUGCCAGUGUCCUUUAGUAAGUGCACUUAAAUGUAAUAAUAGAACCGUUAUAAAGGAUGAAUACUCGUAGCUAUAUAAAUUAAUAACAUUUUUAAAAGAUCUAUACAUAUAGUCAGUCAGUAAGCGUUUGUAUAUCUGCGCAUCUCCAAACUCUAAUAUCGGCGUUAUAUAUACAUAUAUAUCGAUGUUAAUAACGCCCGAUAACACACUUUUCAAUAAACAAAGAAUAUAUUUUGUAUAUUUUCUUAAACCAGUAAUUUCUGUUAAUAUAUUGUUAUAUAUAUGUAUAUAUUUAUA